UCGCGUUGCUAUGGGAGAGCCCCACUAAGCGUCGCAGUUCCUCAAGUGGCCGAACGGCUUCAUGCUUGUAAUUUAUUAAUAAUAAUAGUAUGUUGAAUUGCUGUUUGUCGCGAUGAGCCAGCGUCAGGUUUUGCAAGUUUUUGAGCAGUACCAGAAAUCAAGAAUGCAGUUUGUGCAAACUGUUGCUGAACUGGCAUCAAGGCCACAAAAUAUUGAAACUUUACAAAAUGCAGGUGUCAUGUCCCUGCUGAGGCCCCUUCUUCUGGACGUCGUCCCAACCAUCCAGCAAACGGCAGCCUUGGCGCUGGGGAGGCUUGCCAGCUACAACGAUGACCUGGCUGAGGCUGUGGUGAAGGGUGAAAUUCUUCCUCAGCUUGUGUAUUCCUUGGCGGAACAGAACCGGUUUUACAAGAAGGCGGCAGCAUUUGUACUUCGGGCCGUGGCCAAGCAUUCGCCUCAGCUGGCACAGGCAGUGGUGGACUGUGGUGCCCUCGAUGCUCUGGUUGUCUCUCUGGAGGACUUUGACCCAGGGGUGAAAGAGGCUGCGGCCUGGGCGCUGGACUACAUUGCCUGCCACAAUGGAGAGCUGUCCCAGGCGGUGGUCGAUGCGGGGGCCGUGCCGCUCCUCGUACUCUGCAUCCAGGAGCCAGAACUGGCUGUGAAACGGAUUGCUGCCUCCGCCCUCAACGACAUCGCUAAACAUUCCCCCGAGCUGGCACAGACCGUGGUGGAUGCUGGGGCCAUUGCCCACCUUGCGCAGAUGAUCCUGAACCCUGAUGCUAAGCUCAAGCGUCAGGUCUUCUCAGCCCUCAGCCAGAUUUCCAAACACUCGGUAGACCUGGCCGAGAUGGUGGUGGAGGCGGAAGUCUUCCCUGCUGUAUUGACCUCCCUCAAGGAUCCAGAUGAGCAUGUGAGGAAGAACGCGACCACGCUGAUACGUGAGAUUGCCAAACACACACCUGAGCUGUCUCAGAUGAUAGUAAAUGCCGGCGGCGUUGCUGCGGUGAUUGAUUACCUUGGUGACUCGCGAGGAAAUGUCCGGUUGUCUGGGAUCAUGAUGCUGGGCUAUGUGGCGGCACACUCAGAGAAUCUGGCAAUGGCAGUCAUUGUCUCAAAGGGCGUGCCUCAGCUGGCCAUCUGCCUGGCGGAGGAAACUGAAGAUCACAUUCGUUCGGCCACGGCGUGGGCCCUGGGGCAAAUCGGGCGCCACUCGCCAGAGCAUGCCCGUGCUGUGGCCAUGGCCAAUGUGCUGCCACGCCUCUUAGCUUUCUACAUGGAUGCCCAGAGCUCUGAUGACCUCCAGGCCAAGGCCAAGAAGGCUCUCAAGAGCAUUCUGCAGAAGUGCACAUAUGUCCCGGCGCUGGAGCCCCUGCUGCACGAGGCACCCAGCAAUAUCCUCAAACAUGUCAUCUGCCAGUUCAGCAAGGUUCUCCUGCAUGACAGCAAGGCUCGGCGACUCUUUGUUACCAGUGGGGGGCUGAAGAAGGUGCAAGAGAUCAAGGCAGAGCCUGGCUCACUUUUGCAGGAGUAUAUCAACUCCAUCAACAACUGCUUUCCCGAGGAAAUAGUCAGAUACUACUCCCCAGGGUACUCGGAGACUCUCCUGGAGCAGCUGGAGAAAUACCAGCCAAUAUGAACUCUUGGAUCUUCUACAUGACUGGCAGUUUUUAGACAAACUAUACAUGUUUGGUCAGUGAACUAAAUCACUUCCACAUGCAUUUUGCCUUAUUAUCGCUAAUUAUACUGGUAGUGAUGAGUAGACAGUUACUGAGCUGUGUAGGUUUUAUUAACCAUAAUGAAUACAUCUACAUAUGUUCUCAUUGACCUGUAGCACUAAGGUGACAAAUAAAUAGAGUAUCUGAAGAACAUGGUGGAAUAUUUCAGCACUUUGGGCCAAGAGAAAUGGAUAAUAAACCCUAACAAUAUCAGA